CCCUUUGGGUCUCCCCUUCACUAAUUGUAGUGAGCCCUCUCUUCUCUUCUCUAAAACCCCGAAAACUCCGGAACUCUUCAAAACCCUAGCGAUGGCGCUGAGCUCUCUCCGCCUCCGCCGAACCCUAAGCGGUCUCUCCACCCUCCACCGCUCCCUCUCUGCAACCUCCGCACUCUCAGCUCCACACUCCUUUUCCUCUCCUCUGCUUCCUGCCUCCACGUCCGAAAAGUUCCCUGUGCUGCCGCCACAGUCCUGGACGCUCCUCCUCCAGUCUCGGACGUUCAGGUCGUCGCCGUUCUCUUCCGCGCGACCGACUUCGUACGGAAACGACCCAAAGGACGAGAUUGGCCCGAAUACGGUACUGUUCGAAGGGUGUGACUACAACCACUGGCUGAUCGUCAUGGAUUACCCGUGGGACAACAAGCCUCCGGCUGAGGAGAUGAUCAGGAAUUAUGAGGAGACUUGUGCUAAAGGCUUGAACAUCAGUAUGGAAGAGGCAAAAAAGAAGAUAUAUGCGUGUAGCACUACAACAUAUACAGGCUUUCAGGUUGAGAUGUCUGAGGAAGAGUCACAGAAGUUCGAAGGUUUACCUGGAGUAGUUUUUGUGUUGCCGGAUUCUUACAUUGAUCCACAGAACAAGGAAUAUGGAGGAGACAAAUACAUUAAUGGUACAAUCAUACCAAGACCACCCCCGGUUCAGUAUGGAAGGCAGCAGGGUGGAAGAUUCCGUGACAAUAACAGGAACCGUGACCAACAAAGAUAUGAUCAGCAACGACCAUCAUAUAAUCCGCAAGGUAACCCCUCCUAUAAUCAACAGGGUCCUAUGCGAGGUGGAGGGAACUAUGCAGCAUCACAAAAUUAUCCACAACAAAAUUAUAGCUCACCAAGACAAGGAGAGAACACAGGUCCUAUUCCAGUGAAUACCGCGGGAGGGAAGGAUGCAUAUCAGCCAGGUGGAGAACCAGUACCUUCAUAUCAGGGCAAUUACAACCAAGGAGGGCAGCAAAGUUAUCGUCCCCAAGAACAAAGGAACUUCCCACAAGGAGAUCAGAGGAAUUAUGCCCCUCCUGGUCAGCAGGGAUUUAGGGGAGAUAACAGGAAUUAUGGUCCCCCACAUUCUGAUACUGAUGGGCAAGGUUUGAGUGGAUUUCAAGGUCAGGGAACACCUGGAGCUUAUGCGCAAGGACCGAGCUCUGGAACUUAUGCGCAAGGACCAAGCUCUGGAGCUUAUGGGCAAGGACCAAGCUCUGGAGCUUACGGCCAAGGACCUAGCUCUGCAGCUUACGGCCAAGGACCGAGCUCUGCAGCUUACGGCCAAGGACCGAGCUCUGCAGCUUACGGCCAAGGAACGGCAUCUGGUAAUGGGCAGGGAUACCCUGCACAUGGAGGAGAUGAGAGGUUCCAACAAAGUAACUCUGCACCCAUGGGACACCCAGGGAUUGACCAAGGGAAAAAUUAUUAGCGACAUGCCAGUGCCACUCAAGGCAAGACGAUGCGCGAAGGGAUGUAGGAAGACGAGUUAUAGUCAUGUUUUCUCAUGUUUGAUCUGAUGAGAAGGGAGAUUAUCUGUGUCCUUGUGAAGUCUUUCGAUGGUAAAUAUCCUCUUUCGUAGUGAAAUGAGUCAGGAAGCUCCCUUGCAUUAUCAAGUAGUGCUUAUCUUGUCAUACUCGUUUCUUGAAAAUGAUAAUCAUGAAGACAACAUUUGUAAUAUCACAAAUUUUGAAGUAUGUUUUGUUUCAAACCAA